CGUGCAUUUUCCUUCAACGAUUCCUCGUGCCAGCAUCAAAACCAAGCACACUCUCUAGCUAGAUCGAUUAGAACGUAUAUAUACUGCGUGUACAACAUGGCCAGGUCGUCUCUCCUAUCGGCGCCGGCCGUGGCCGUGGCCACAGCGGCGAUUGCCAUUGCAUGCUUGGCGACGUGCUCGAGCGCGGCCGCCGGCGGCGGCAAUUUCUACGAGAACUUCGUGGUGGCGUGGGGCGACGACCCUGACCCCGGGCGGCGCGUGGAGGUCCUCGACGGCGGGCGAGUCGUGACGCUCACCCUCAACAACGUCUCCGGCGGCUCCGGGUUCCAGUCCAAGGACGCCUUCCUCUUCGGCGAGUUCACCAUGCCCAUGAAGCUCGUGCCCGGCGACUCCGCCGGCACCGUCACCACCUUCUACUUAACAUCGAAGGAUCCGACGGCGGAGGGGGACGGGCACGACGAGAUCGACUUCGAGUUCCUGGGGAACGUCAGCGGGGAGCCGUACGUGAUGCAGACCAACGUGUUCGCGCGGGGUGUGGGGAACCGGGAGCAGCGGUUCUACCUGUGGUUCGACCCCACGGCGGAUUUCCACAACUACACCAUCCUCUGGAACCCUCUCAACAUCAUUUUCUCGGUGGACGGCGUGGCGGUGCGGGUGUUCAGGAACCACGAGCGCCACGGCGUGCCGUACCUGAGCGGGCAGGCGAUGAAGGUGCACGCGACCAUCUGGAACGACGACACCUGGGUGACCAUGGGCGGGCGGGUCAAGACGGACUGGUCCCACGCGCCCUUCGUCGCAGCCUACGGGGCAUACUCCGCCACCGCCUGCGUCUCCUCGCCGGCGGCGGAGACCAGCGACGAAGGCGGCGGAUCUGACUGCGACGGCGCCGCGGAGGAGGAGACUUCGUCGUGGAUGGCGCGGCGGCUUGGGCCCGACGGGGAGCGCGCGGUGGCGUGGGCCAGGGAGAAGUACAUGGUGAUGGACUACUGCGACGACCCCUGGCACCUGGGCCGGCCCGCCGAGUGCGACAUCGACCGCCGAGUCUGAUUGAUUGGCUGAUCGUUGUUAAUUGUUCCCCGUCGACCGGCCAUGGCCAUGUACACGUGUCAUCCAGGGCGGAUCUCGUCGGUCCAUGGCGGUGUUUUGGUUUGGUUAAUACCGAUUCCUGCUCUGCUCGGUCGCGACGCUGAAACGUGACGUGCACCGUGUACAUAUAUUCUCACGUAUAUAGUUGUAAACUUUGUAAUCCGUACCCGGCCGGCUCGUGUCAUUGGAGCAUACGUACAGACGAUGCUGAGACAAUGCUAAUCAUAAAUGUUUUGUUACUACU